CUCCCUGAAGACCAGCUCACCAUCUGCUGCAAGGUGAGCAUAGCGGGAGCCAUCUUCAGCAUGCCUGGACAGAACAUGACACCUGCAAUCAAGGAUCCAAGGCAUGUGUUGGCAGAUGACCUAGGGAAGCUUUGGGAGAAUUCCAUCUUCACAGACUGCUCCCUAUUGGUGGGUGGCCAUGAAUUCAGGGCUCACAAGGCCAUCCUAGCAGCUCGCUCUCCAGUUUUCAGAGCCAUGUUUGAACAUGAAAUGCAGGAGAGACUAAAAAACCUCGUUGAGAUUCAUGACUUGGAUCCCCAAGUCUUCCAGGAGAUGAUGGGCUUCAUCUACACAUGGAAGGCACCAAACCUCAAGAGCUACUCCAUGGCCUCUGGUCUGCUGGCAGCUGCUGACAGGUAUGGCCUGGAUGGCUUGAAGGCCAUGUGUGAGGAUGCCCUCUGCAGGAUCCUCUCUGUGGAGAAUGCUGCAAACACUCUCAUCCUGGCUGACCUCCACAGCACACAGUGGCUGAAGACUCAGGCCCUGGAUUUCAUUACAGAUUUUGCCUAUGAGGUCUCUAAGACCUCAGGGUGGAAGUCAUUGGUGGAGUCACAUCCCCCCUUGGUGGCUGAAGCCUUCUGCUCCCUGGUUAAGGUUUUGUAUACAGAACUGUUUGUGCCCAAUGAGACCAGAGAAGUGUCUCAGAUCCACUGCAUCACCAGUUACAGGUGGCUGAAAAAACUCUCCGGUGUCUGCUGGAAUUGA